GACGAAACAAGCGAGCGCGUGCACAGCCGCUAUGCGGUCCCGCCGUGUGUAUAAAGGUGCCUACUGAUGGACGCGGCAAAUGCCGCGCGCGGCAACGCGGCAGUUCAGAAAGAACUAGAUUCUAGGGGCUUCUGAACCACUGCGAUGCCGCAAGUGAAGUUGGAUUAAUCCAACUUCACUCGCGGCAUCGCAAAAGUGAUUACUAGAGCGAAAUUUGAAAGAUUAUAACGAUGGCCGAAAUGGAGAUUCCAAAGGUUAGUAGAUGUUUAUAUUUGUAUUCUAUAUUUGUGUGUAAUAUGGAGUUUUAUACAAAAAUGUUAACAUAGCAAUUAAGGAAGUAAUAUAUUAAUGCAAUUAAGUAAUAUACAUAUGAUUUAUUAUAAUCAUCAAGAUUGGAGGUUAAGUACAUAUGUUUUACAUGUUUUCGAAAACAAAAUUGUAUGAUAGUAUGUGCAAAUAAAUCAUCUAUUUCAAUUCUUAUAAACAUUUAUGACUUGGAACCGAACUUUUGAAUGACAUUGGUGAUAUAAUUAAUAUUUUUGUUAUUAUAGAAAGUAUAUACAUGCGGAAUGUGCGAGAUAAUUCUUGAAGAAGAAGAUACACAUGCCCAUGAAUGUUUAAAGAAUUAUCCCACAAUUGUUAGCGAUGAAAAUUUGUAUUUGUAUCCCCAAUGUGAGGAUGGAAGCAUUGUACGGCGCAGUGCGAUUGACGAAGAUGAUCAAGAUGGAGUGUUGGUGAUGGAAUCACAUCCUCCGACAGAUCAAGAACCGCUUACAUCAAACACAGAACAAAACGUAGAUGAAAUCAUAAUAGCAGAAGUGUCGGCACGACCGCUAUUAUGGAACCAAAGAAUAAAUAUAACAAAACGUGAUAGACGAACUGUACAACAGCUUUGGAUGGAAGUAGCUGAUGCGACAAAUGGCGAAUGUUCUGUCGACGACGUAAAAAAAAAGUGGAAAAACUUGAGAGAUCGUUUUAUGAAAAUCGUCUCUCUUGAGAAGUUACCAAGUGGCUCAGGAAGUAAGCCAUCACGUAGAAAGUGGCAAUAUUAUGACUCGAUGUCUUUCCUACGGAACACUUAUCUGCAAAAACAGACAGUUUCAAAUAUAACAAUUAAUGAAUCCAUUAAUCUCAUUAACGACGCUCAGGAAGCUCAUGGCGAUGUGGAAGCUCAGGAUGAGGAAGUCAACGAUGCGGUUUGUGCACCGAUCAGGGGUAUGUUUCGGAAUAAGGUAUACUGACAAGUGAACAAAUUGAAAAAGAAUAGUACAGAAAGAGAAUAAUACUAAGACUAUACAAUAAUAAAAUAGGAUUCUUGUACUCAAAUUUCUAUUUUCUUUUCCUAUCAUCGUAGGAAGCUUUGAUUAUUAAACGACAUAUACCAGCCCGCAGACGCCACAUAAUGUUGAAAAUUCAUCAGCUUUUAUAUACAGAAUUGCGUGACAAUAAUAGUAAUAAUACAUAAUAAUAAUAAAUAUAAUAAUUAAAAAAUUAUAUUUUUAGUAGCACACUAAACACACA